AUGACCGAGGAGCGGGUCAUGGUAGCACUGGCAGACACUUACGUCCACAUCCUCCGCGCCGACGACAUCGAGGUCAUUACCAAGCUCUCGGCCACCAAGGGCGCGUCGUCGUAUGCCCUCGACGCCUCAGGCCUCACACCACGCCUCGCCGUCUGCACGCGCAAGAAGCUGCUUUUCUUCCGCUGGGCGCCCGAACAGGGCACCUUUGCCUUUUGGAAGGAGCUGGUCACGCCGCAGGAAGCCAAGGCCAUCGUCUGGGCCGGCGACUCGGUUUGCGUCGGCUUCCGCCGCGAGUACUCGCUCAUCCACGUCUCAUCGGGCUCGACCACCGAGCUCUUUCCCACCGGCGGCGGCGAGCCGUCGUGCCUCCUUGUUCCCGAUGCCAACAUCCUGCUCGGCAAGGAGCACCUCUCGGUCUUUGUGGGCUACGACGGCAAGCCGUCGCGCAAGCAGGCCCUCGCCUGGUCCGAGCUCCCGCUUGCCGUCGCCUACUCGUUUCCUUACGUCCUGGGCCUGCUCUCCAAGUCGAUCGAGGUCCGCUCCAUGCACACCCAGAAUCUUGUCCAGGCCAUUCCGCUCACCAAGCCACGGUUCCUCACCGCCAAGGGUUCUGCCGUCUAUGUCGCUACCACGUACUCGAUCUUCCGCCUCAUCCCCUUCCCGCUUCCCAUCCAGAUCAACGAGCUCGUCGAGGAGCGCCUAUAUGAGGAGGCCAUUUGCCUUACCGAAGUCGCCCCGGGCAUCGAGUCCAUCAAGCGCCAGGAGCAGCUCCUCUACAUCCGCAUGCUCUACGCCUUUUCGCUCUUUGUCAAGGGCUCAUACGACGCCGCCAUGCGCCUCUUCUUCCAGCUCAAGGUCAACCCGGCCCAGAUCAUCUCGCUCUUUCCAGACCUUCUGCCCAUGGAGAUGCGCCUCGGCUACAAGUACCCGUUCAACAUGCCCGAGCUGACCGGGACCCAGCUCGAUGCAGCGCUCGAGGCCCUGGUCAAGUAUCUGCCGCAAGUCCGCUCCGCCCUCAUCCGCCAGGCUCAGUCGCGGACUGCUCGCGCCGCGCUCCUCAAGUUUGAGGCGGAGACCGGUGAGGCCGUCCUGGAUGACACUCUUGCAAAACCCGCCUCGGAUGCAGCCUCACCCGACGUUGCCGGCCCAUCCAGUGGGCCAGAGCUCGACCCGGCCGAAGAUACCAUCGAUCCUUCUCGCAUCGUCCUCCUUGGCACCCUCUCCUCCGGCUCGACCAUCAUGUUUGUCGACCCGGCGGACCCGUCGACCGUCCUCACCCUCUUCCGUGACACCAAGGUCCUCCGCCAGAUCGUCGACACCUCGCUGCUCAAGGCGUAUCUCAAGGUCCAGCCCUCGCUCGCUCGCUCGCUCCUCCGCAUCGACAACGCGUGCCACGUCGAAGAGUGCGAGGACGUGCUCAUCAAGGCCGCAAAGUUUGAGGAGCUCGUUCUCCUGUACAAGUCCAAGGGCCUUCACCGCAAGUCACUCGAAAUGCUCCGCAAGCUCGCCAAGAACCACUCGACGGGCCCCAUGUCCGGUCCGACGCCGUCCAUCGAGUACCUACGUGACCUUGGUGUCGACCACCUCGACCUCAUCCUCGAGUUCUCCGUCUGGAUUCUCGCCUCGCACCCCAAGUCGGCCCUCUCCAUUUUUACCCACGACAACGAGGCCGUCCGCUCGUUGCCGAUGGACUCCAUCGUCGCCCACAUCGAGUCGCAUGCUCCAACGGUGGCUCAGGCCUACCUCGAGUACGUUGUCUUUGACCGCAAGUCUACCUCGAGCAAGCUGCACAACAAGCUUGCCUUUACCUACCUCAACGCCGUCGUUACAGCGCUCAAGGCUGCGCCGCGGGCAAAGUCGGCUGGCCCGGUCAAGGUCGCCAACGAGCGCGGAACGCUCGCCACCGUUCGCGGCCAGCUCCUCGACUUUUUGCGUGCCUCUACCCACUACGAGCCCGCCCGCAUUCUCUCGCGCCUUGCCCAGCUGAAGCUCGAGGAGACCGAGCUCUACGAGGAGCGCGCCGUUCUCCUCGCCGGCCUCGGCUCGCACGAAGAGGCUCUCAUUAUCUACGUCUACGGCCUCGCCGACCACGACAUGGCCGUCGAGCACUGCAACCGCUACUACGACCCCGAGCUCGAGAGCCACCGCGAUGUCUACCUCACCUUGCUCAAGGUCUACCUCGCCCCGCCAGAGACCAUCCCCGCCCAGCCCGAGCCCGCCAUGGACCUGCUCAACGCCUACUCAUCGCGCAUCGACAUCCCGCGCGCCCUCGAGCUCCUCCCACCCGACACGCCACUCGCCUCGCUCCUCCCCUUUUUUGACGCUGUCCUCAAGUCGAAAUCCGAGCUCUACCGCCGCAACCUCGUCCUCCGCAACCUGCUCCGCUCGGAGAACCUUCUCGUCCGCGAGCAGCUCAUACAAGAGCGCUCGCGCUAUGUCGUCAUCGAGGAGAACCGCAUGUGCGGCGUCUGCCACAAGCGCAUUCUCUCCUCGCAGUCGUUCGCCGUCUACCCCAACAACGUCGUUGUCCACUACCGCUGCGCCUCCAAGGACCGCGAUGUCUGCCCGUAA